AUGAGAUAAAAGGCUAAAAGGUGUUAAAACCUAGGAAGAUGUAUAUGGCCAUAUGCGCACAUUCAAAAUGAAAUUCUGGAUCAAUUUUCAGAUCAAUUUUUCCAAUGAGGAGGGUUGCCGCCAGCUACGUACUCCUAUCCCUCCUCUAAAUUAAAAAACUACCACCAAAGUAAUUGCUAGUUAGCGCCAAAGUACGCCCUAAUUCAAUGAAGACUCCUAUUCAGUACGUUAACUGCUCUAUCAUAACUGUACUCAUAUUCAAUCCGAUCUCAAGAUAUACAUUGUAGCUUCUCCACAGUGCUGCUUGGCGUGCUCAGAAUGAUCACUUUUACGGUUGAAGUAAGCAGGUCACCAUCAGAGAACUUCUACCCUAGCUUCCCAUGAUUCAAUUCAUUCCAUAGGAGUGAAGAGCAAUUUCUGUACCCAAUAGAAAGGAUGCUUGGAAAGUACAAAAAAAUUGUGCGUAACAAAGCUCGACCUGAAGGAUCAAUUGCCGAAGCUUACGUCUCCCAAGAAUCUCUGAAUUUUUGUGCAAUGUAUCUUCACAAAGUGGAGACACCAUUCAACAAGAGUGAACGGAACUUUGAUGGUGGUCCUAGGCACGAGAAACUUUCAGUUUUUUCUCAACCAUCCCGCCCAAUAAUGAGCUGUUCAAGCAUUCCAUUUUCUAGUAGUGACCUGGAGGUUGCUCAUUGGUUCAUACUAACCAACUGUGAUGAGGUUAUUCCAUUCUUAGAGGAGCAUAAGGCAAUAAUGAUGCUCAGAAAUGCUGUGAACAUAGAUAACAUACACAGAAAAUUAUUUCCAUCUUGGUUUCGUGAACGGGUUCGAAGAUUAGGAGAUGAAAAUUCCCCAUUGUAUAAUGAGGAGCUAUUUGAGUUAGCAAGAGGGCCUCUACGAGCAGAAACAUAUCAAGGAUGCGUUGUAAAUGGAGUAAAGUUUGUAGUUGCAGAACGAGAUGACAAACUAACCACACAAAAUAGUGGUGUCCAUGUACCGGGAAGCCAUGACACUUGUGAUGUCGGCUAUUAUGGCAAGUUGACAAGUGUAAUUGAAUUGAUAUAUAGACAACGGUACAAGGUUCUACUGUUUAAAUGUCAUUGGUACAACACAGAUAGCGCUAAGGCAGGAAGUAUAAAACGUGAUUACCACUUAAUAUCAGUUGACACUAAAACUAGGUGGUACGACAGUGAUCCGUUUAUUCUUUCUACAAUGGCGAAACAAGUCUUCUAUGUCAAUGAUCCCAAAGCAGGUGGUAGUUGGAAAGUAGCACUAAAGAUGAGUCAUAGAAGCAUUUAUGACAUACCAGAUGUUGAAGCCAAUCUUGAAACUGAUGAUGAUAGUGAUGAUGCAUAUCAAGAAAGUUCUUCUGAUGUGCCUGAUAUGUGUCAUGGUCGAAACUAUGAAUCCAUACAAACAACAUUACAUGUAGACGAAGUUCCUCCCGCCAUGAUUGAUUUAGAGACCCUUAGUGAUGAGGAGGGAAGUGAUGAAGAUGAUGAUUUUACAUUGGAAUGCUUUUAAGCUUUUUAUUUAAAUGCUUUUUAUUUAACUGUAUUUUACACUAUCUUCAAUAUUUUAUAAUGUUUACGCUUUUGGACAUGAAGUUACAAUAUAAAGGUACAUUAAUUGUUAAACUUAAUUAAAAUGAUUUCAUAUAUUCAGUCAAUAGGAUUUGGUUGUUUCUCUAUUUGAGCAGAUGAACAGGGUUUCACAAAAGAAACGCAGUGGGAGCUCAAAGGUCAUGCCAACAUCAAAAGUGCCUAGGAUGUCACCUGCAACAGUCCCUUGAAUUUGAUCCUCUACUAUUGAGAUAUGGUGUGAAUAAUCGCAGGUGCCAAGCUCCGACUUCUUAUCCAAAUCAAACUUUGAAAUCAUUUCAGUCCUCUCCAACAGGUAAUAUGGUUUCAAAAAAAGCUACACCCACUCGAAAUGUAUUUGAGGUGUCCAAAUCAGAUAAGGUAGCACCAAUGAAAUCUACACCUUCUCCUAAACUACCUGAAAGUGCAUUCAUGACUUCCUCCCUUGGAAAUAAAACUCAGUCAAACAGUACUACUCGUGGUAUUAUAUUUGGAACUCGUCAUUCUAGGCAAAAUAAUAUGGUUCUUUCUGGUAAAAAUAUGCAAAGUGGCCCUUCAAGUGAUAAAUCUCAACCUCCACCUGAUCAUGUUAGUGAUGUUCGGCCUCAUCAUAAUCAUGAUAAAAAUGGAGAAGGUAUGCAUUACGUAAAUCUCACUGCUCAGAUUACUUAUUAUUUUCUAGAUAAUUUUCUGAUUUUUAUAUGCUGGAGCUUGCCCAACCGUUAUUUGACUUUUUUGGACUUUUAUUUCUUCCUUCUAUUUCUCAAGUAAUACUUUUAUAAAGGAGAAAUGCAACUGGAAAGGCCUAAACUUGUAGUACAUUACAAAUAUGGCUAUAUGCUAGGCAUAAUAACAUCUCCACCAGCAAAGCUUAAAUUUGCAGUACAUUAGAUUAUCGUCAUUGUUUUAGUAUGUCAGAAUAUUGGAAUAUCAAAGGCAAAAAUGAUCUUUUACUCAUUACUUCUGAUAAGAUUUAUGUGGUGUUUUUUUUAAAAUUGUCACAACAGGUGAAUCAGAGCGUCGUGGACUACACAGGACUGAAGAAAAUACUUUUAUAUCAUCAAGUCAUGAAGUUGAAACAGAGGAUGAUGCAGAGGAAUUUCCAAGAACUGAGGUUGACAAACAUGGGCGGGGACCUUGUAAACAAAUAAAGACAUCUCGUCUCGUUCGUCUUAGUAAGCAUAGAAUUGAAGUUCCGUACAACGAAGUUACCAGGAGAGCAACAAGUGCUGAGAUACAUAGCCUCCUGGUUCAUGAUGUUGGAGCUAUCAUUCGAUCACAUUGUCCCAUGGAUACAGGUUUCUGGGGGAAACUUUCUCCUGAAAAGAGAAAAGACCUUAUGGAUGAGAUCACUACAAAUUUCAAGAUCAACUUUGAAGAUCCAGAUAUUAGCGAAUACAUCAAUAGGUUAUACAAUGGAAGGUACAGAGAAUACAAGGCGGAACUGAGUAAGUAUUACAAGUCUUGUAAAACGCAUGCCAAUGCACUUGCUUCACCCCCUGAAGAGAUGGCCGAUAGAGAUGUUAAUGAUUGGGAAUGGUUGUGUAACCAUUUCAACUCAGAUAAAUUCAAGAAUUCAUCAUCUGCAAACACUAGUAACCGUUCAAAUAAGAAGGAUAAUCAUCGUACUGGUUCACGUCCUCUCUCAUACAUAGUAGAGGAUAUGCUUGCGGAUGGCUCACAGUUCCCGGAAGUUGCUGCGUUUGAGCUAACAUAUGCAGGAAAAGACAAACGUUGGACUAACGAUGCAACAAAAGAACAACAUGAACAAAUGGUUGCCAAGGCUAAUGAGUAUCUCGUAGAGAAGGCAAAGGAAUAUAACCUUCCUGAAGACACCCCUUUGAAUGAGAUACCUGUCGAUGAUCCUGAUAUUGGGCUUGAAAUUAUGACGUCUGUUUUAGGUUCCACACCAGGUCGCCUACGAGAGACAAAGCCAACAUCUAAAAAAGUGAAACACUUAGAAAAAGAAUUGGAGGUAGAACGAGCAGCACGAAAGGCUGCUGAUGCAGCUCGUAGAGAGGCAGAAGAAAAGAUGCAAAACACAUUGAGGAAUGUAGGGCAUAAAUUCAAUUCUACACUUCAAUCUUGGCAUCAAUCAUUAAUGCAAGUGGGUGUUGAUAUACCACCAUUCACUCCUUUUUCUCUUGAAGAUGGUGGAGAACAUGAGGAUGCCACUAUCAUGGAUGACUAGUUCGUCCUUACUAUUUUAAGUUUUUAGAUGAACGAAACAUUACAUUGACUACGUUUUUAAUUUCAAUUAUGUUACACAUUCCACUUUAUUAUGUGAUAAGUAUAUGUUUGAACUCAAAUUGUAAUAUUUCAUUUGGAGGUGAUUUGGAGACUUGGAG